GGCACGGUACGACGCACAACGGAAAAACUAUUAGAGCGUACAAAAAACGGCAAAUCAAGAACAUUUUUUAUUGUUUUUGUUCUGUUCAAAAAUGUAUUAGUGUGUAUAAAAAAUAAAGCACCCGUCUAGGCCAUUUAAUUAAUUUAGCGAUUAAGAAUAAAAGCAAGUGUUAUUUAAUGAAAAUGUUUUGAGUUAAUCUUGGCACUGCGUUCACAGCGCAGCGCCUGCGAAAAUUCCUUAGGAAAAUAGCCGCAGCAGCUUAUAGUCAAUUUAAAAUACGAAACUUAGCAGAAACUAAAUUGAAACGCCUUAUUAGCGAUGGGUAACGUGUGCAGCUCCAGCCAAAAGAAAAAGAAGGACAGCGUGUCCGAGAAAUCAGAUGACUCCCCACCUUACCAAGAGACCAAUCCGGAUAAAAAAGAUUCACAUUUAGUCAAUGAUGCAAAUGAAAAACGAGCGCCCUUAGCCGAUGUAGAGGCUAUGCAGGAUGCACAGGCAAAUGAAUCAACCACCCCACAACAGCCACAACAGCAGCAGCAGCAACAGCUGCCAGUUAAAUUGGAUAAAGCCAAUCAGGCGGAUAAGGAGUCCAACAGCACCACACCGCAAGCAGCGCAGGCGCCCAGCGAUGUGUCCGGAAAGAGUGAAUUGGGAAAUCUUAGCAUCUUGCAGGGAAAACCACCGCCUGGGCGAAAGAUUGAGCGUGAUAAGAAAAUUGUCAUAUACAUAUUGGCGGACAACAGCACAGAGUACAAGAAGCACAAGCGUGUCAUCUACAGCCUUUAUAAGCAUUUCAAGAGCAAGUGCCAAAGCAAAGGAUUCGAUUUUAUCAUAUCCGAUGUACAUGAUAGCGAGGCGGCCACGUCUAAGAUUCAGAGCGGCGGCGGCGUCGGUGCCUCAAGCAGCAGCAGCGGAACCAAGAGCAACAGCAAUAACAAUGCCAACGACAAUGCCAAUGCAACUAUAGCCUGCCACAAGAAGGACUUUUCCAAGUUGCAAGAGGUUAAGCGCUGGACGCAAACACCGCUGGAGGCCCAAGGCGGACACGAGGAGGCGGCUAAUUGUCUCUGCGAGAUCACACGGCACUUCGCCAGCGCCUACAUCAUACCAGUACUAUUUUUGGGCUCCACGCUGGGCACACCCAUGCUGCCGCUCACAAUAGAGAGUCAGGAUUUUACCUCGGUGCUAAGCGCAGCUUGCGAUACAGAGAAAUUACUGUUGGAGAAAUGGUAUACCAUAGACAAUUCGUAUCAGCCAAUGUGCCAUCGCUUGUAUACCCAGCAAAUCGAUCCCUACAACGGUGAAGUCAAUGGGGAGCUCAAUGAGCUAUUGGGCGUCUUGCUGCGGUUGUUCUCCGACGAUCAGUUGGACUCCUAUAUGACCACAGUGGUGGAGCAGGAAAUAAACAAUACCGUGCUAAUGAGUCAGGAGCUGGCGAAGCGCUGCAUUUGGAUACAGACAAGCGCACAGUAUUCGCGAGUACCCGAAAAUGCUACACAGUUGGAGGUGGAAGUAUUGCGUCGGAUGACACGCAUCUAUAGCGAGCUAAAAAGUCAGUUGUGCGAAAAGAAUCUCAUUCGCCUGCUGCCCACAAUGAACAUACUGGAUGAGGAGCUGUCGGCAGUUAUUGAGAGUCUGUUGUCCAAGUCGGUGGCGGCCAUAUUCGAGGAGCAUCAGCAAAAGUGCACCAUACCGUAUAACACGCAGGGCGUGGACAAAGUGCUGUUGGAGGAGGUGCAGCUAAUUGGACAUUACUCAAAGCUGUUGGCGCAAAACUCGGCCAAUUUUGACAUUAUGAACGACAUUAAACGUUAUAUAAGGGAUAACACUGCCUAUCCACUGGUGGUAUCCGGCGCUAGUGGCUGUGGCAAGAGUGUUCUGGUGUCAAAAAUCAUGGAAAAUGUGCAUCGCUGGAAGCCCGAGGCACAACUCGUCUUAAGAUAUGCUAAUCUUACCGCAAGAUCCUCGGACUUGACUUCAAUAGUCGGCUCGAUUGCCAACCAAAUGUGUGUGCUGGAAUCGGGAAAACAGUGCCAAGUGACCCAUACACUUUCUGCCUACGCCCAGGUCAUACGUGAGAUUGUAGCUCGCCAGCAGCGCUUUUUUGUGCUCAUCAUUGACGGCGUUGAUGAGCUGCUGCGCGGAUCUUCACUCGACUGGCUGCCUCUGCAGCUAGGCAGCACCACCAAGCUUAUACUCACUGUCACCGAACCACAGCAGCAACAACAUCAAACGGACGGAACGAACGAGAAUGAGGACGCCAAUAUGCUCAGCGCGCUGGCGCAGCUGGGCAUACCAACGCGCUGUUUUCUGCGCAUGAAACAGUUUACUGAACGGCAAUGGCACGACAUACUCAGCUCCGGCGGUGGCGACUUUUAUGCGGCCAAUGGAGCGCUCAAGUUGCCAGAAGAAUGGAAAUCGCUGCACGGCAAGACGCCGUUCCAUGCCAAAUCCUUGUGGUGGCUAGCCUGGCUGGGCCAUGUGGCCAUACCGAUCACAGAAAUUGGGGAUAUUUCGGCCAAGAUACUUCAAGUGCUGGAAACAAAGUUUGCCGCCGAUCAGGUAGAACUAUUGCUGUUGAUCGUAACGCUAUCGCCUUGGGGCAUACGUGAGAGCGAUUGCUUGGGCGUUUUUCAAAAGAUGACCCAACUCGAAGCGCAGGUCGCUUUCAAGAUCUGGUCCAAGUUCUGCUGGCUUAUGGGACCAAUGCUUUUAGGUCUUAAGAAUAUUAGAAUAGCGGAUAAAAGCUUUGGCCUCGCCGUUUUAGCGAAGUACGCCCAAAAGCAAUGGCUGGUACAUGAAGCGAUGCGGGACUACUUCGAUCGGCAGGAGAGCAAAUUCAAAAGCAGCGGCAGCGGCAGUGGCAGCAGCACCCCUCACACCUAUAAUUUUCAGAAGUAUCUGAAACUGCCUUAUCACCAUUUUUGUGCGGUCAUUGAAGACAAUCCGGCGAAGCACAAAAUCGAUAUACUCUUUAACUGCUUCUACUUCACGGACCUUCAGUGGAUAGCGGAUAAGGUGCAUGCCACUGGACCCGAGCAUCUCAUGCACGAUAUACUAAAUGCCGAAUGGCUAGCAGGCGAAGGGGACACCAGCUACGUGCACAUUAACUUCCUUAAGCAAUUUUUAGUCAAAUAUUUGCAUGAAUUGAGCUAUGAUGGCCAACAGUUCUAUACAUUGAUGAAAUACUAUUUGAAAACGCGCUUUAAAGAAAAUCCAGCGUUGAAGGAUGAUGAGAAAAUACGCUCUUGGUGGGAGUACACAAAUGAAUUGGAGUUUGCCUUUCUCGAGAUACUCAAUGCGGAUUUAAAUGCCGAGCAGGAUGAUGAUGUGGGCGAUGGUUUAAUCAAGGGCUACGACGUAUUGAUGAAUCUACCUCAGCCCGGUUGUUAUGUGGCAUCGUUGUGCACGGAACGCGCCGAGAUUUGCAUUUGGGAUGUAAAGAACUGUUGCCGUAUUCGCGAGCUUCAAGGCAUUCAGCAGCCAACGGCUAUGUGCCCGGUGGGAAACUAUGAGGCAGCUGUGCUAUGUCGACGGGAAAUACGAGUCAUUAACUUGGAUGAGGGCAAAUUUAAAGUAACAUUAAAGGGUGUCAUGAAUCAGAAGAUGCCAUAUUUUGGGCUGCACGAUCAGAAUCAUCUAGUCUGUCUCUCACGCAAUCGAAUGUAUGUAAACCUCAUGAAUUUGGAAUCUGGGGACUGUGUUACCACCUUUAAGGCUGGCGAAGAUCGUUUUUUGAACUCUCUGCUGGUCAGCGGCGAUGGACGCAUACUCGUUUGUGGCGAUGAGACCCAAAAGCCUUUCCCACUCCUUGUCUGGCAUUUGUCGCAGCGCAAGUUGCUCUACGAUCUGCGCAUACCACACCACGAUUUCAUCACCUCAUUGUCGGCAAUCACACACGAGGGCUCGUACGUGUGCGUCGUUGCCAAGGAGCUGAACGAGCCGACUCCCAAUUUUAUAGUCGUCUAUGACUUGCAGAGCGGCACAUUGUUUAAGAAAUGGAAGCCCACCUGCAAUACCGUCUCACUGGCCAUCUCGCAAGUGAAUGCUUGUGUCAUAGCCGGCCUGGAGGAUGCCAAAAUAUUGAUUUGGGAUUUGGUUACUGGCAACUGCAAGUGUACGCUUAUUGGACACAAUGCGCCCGUCACUUUCCUCAAGUUGGAUCCGCUCGGCAAGGUACUGUUGUCAUACGAUAAGGAGGGACGCGACAGCGCUAUACGCAUGUGGGAGCUGAACACAGCAAAAUCCUUGGCUGUUUUUAAGCCGCCCGCACAGGUAUCCACCUGUGAGAUACUGCCCAAUGGAGCAUUUGUAGUGCUGGCACUCAAGAAUCGGAAUGAUCUGCUCACGCUAGCGCUAAAGAACUACACGGAUGCAUUGGAUGAUGACUGUUAUUCGUAUGGCAAUCAGGAUAACCAGCACAAAGUUUUCAAGCUGAGUGAUUAAGGCCACUGAGCUUCUUCGUAAAUCAAUUAUCCUUAGUUAUCAUUAUUCAAUUUAAAUAUAUAUAUAAAAAACCAAUUUCAACAGAAAAUUACAUAAACGCACAUUAAUAUGGCAACAAAUUUCUCAUGCAUAAUUCAUUAGUUAUAUGUAAAAUUCUUUAAAACUUUAAACUUACCACAUGUACAAAAGAAGAAAAAUAAGAAACCAAAAAUUAAAUUCCAUUAAGUCCAGAA